GCGCACCCCAGGAAUUCCUUGCUGUGGACGGGAGGGAGAGGUGAGUAAGCAAGUCGGGCGCUAACCGGACCGGAACAUGGGACACUUGAGGAACAAACAGCGCCGGCACCACCAGAAGGAAGCCGCACUCCAGCGGGAAGAAAGACUACGGAAGCAGCUCGAUGAGGUGGACAUUAUGAAUCUGCCACUCCGACUGGACAUCAAGAGGCGGCUCACGUCCCGCUCGGACCGCGUCAAGUCGGUGGACCUGCACCCGACGGAACCAUGGAUGCUGUGCGCGCUCUACAACGGCCACGUCCACGUCAUGAACUACGAAAACCAGCAGCUGGUCAAGGACUUUGAGGUGUGCGACAUUCCGGUGCGGUGCGCGCGCUUCGUCGCCCGCAAGAACUGGAUCAUCACCGGGUCGGACGACAUGCAGGUGCGCGUGUUCAACUACAACACGCUCGAGAAGGUGCACGCCUUCGAGGCCCACACGGACUAUGUCCGCGCGAUAGCGGUCCACCCGACACAGCCGCUCAUCCUAACGAGCAGCGACGACAUGCUGAUCAAGCUGUGGAACUGGGAGAAGAUGUGGUCGAUGCAGCGGGUCUUCGAGGGACACACCCACUACGUCAUGCAGAUCGUGUUCAACCCCAAGGACAACAACACAUUCGCCAGUGCCUCGCUGGACCGGACGGUCAAAGUGUGGCAGCUCGGCUCCAACGUGGCCAACUUCACCCUCGAGGGACACGAAAAGGGCGUCAACUGCGUCGAUUACUACCACGGUGGGGACAAACCGUACCUGAUUUCCGGUGCGGACGAUCGGCUCGUCAAAAUCUGGGACUAUCAGAACAAAACGUGCGUCCAGACGCUCGAGGGACACGCCCAGAACGUGUCGGCGGUUUCGUUCCACCCGGAGCUGCCGAUCGUGCUGACCGGGUCGGAGGACGGCACGAUCCGGAUCUGGCACUCGGGCACGUACCGGCUGGAGACGUCGCUGAAUUACGGUUUCGAACGGGUGUGGGCGAUCGCCGGCAUGCGGGGCACGAACAACGUCGCGUUAGGCUACGACGAGGGUUCGAUCAUCAUCAAGGUGGGCCGCGAGGAACCGGCCAUGUCGAUGGACGUCAACGGGGGCAAAAUCGUGUGGGCGCGCCACUCGGAGAUGCAGCAGGUUAACCUGAAGGCCCUGCCGGAAGGCACAGAAAUCAAGGACGGCGAACGGCUACCGGUGGCCGUCAAGGACAUGGGCGCCUGCGAAAUCUACCCUCAGACGAUCGCUCACAACCCGAAUGGACGCUUCGUGGUGGUUUGCGGCGACGGCGAGUACAUCAUCUACACGUCGAUGGCGCUGCGCAACAAGGCGUUCGGCUCGGCCCAGGAGUUUGUGUGGGCCUCGGAGAAUUCGGAGUACGCGGUGCGCGAGUCCAGCGGCACCGUCAAGCUGUUCCGCAACUUUAAGGAGCGCAAGAGCUUCACGCCCGACUACGGCGCGGAAGGAAUUUUCGGUGGACAACUGCUGGGCGUCAAGACGUCUUCCGGACUGUCUUUCUACGACUGGGAAAACCUGGAACUCAUCAGACGAAUUGAGGUUCAACCAAGAAAUGUCUUCUGGAACGAGUCCGGCACGCUCGUCUGUCUGGCCAACGAGGACUCGUACUUUAUCCUGCAGGUCGACAUCGGCAUGAUCCAGACGGCGCUCGCCACCAAGCAGCAGCUCAGCGAGGACGGCAUCGAGGAGGCGUUUGAGGUCCUUGGUGAGGUGAACGAGUCGGUUCGGACCGGGCUCUGGGUUGGGGAUUGCUUCAUCUACACCAACUCGGUGAACCGGAUCAACUACUACGUCGGCGGGGAGAUUGUGACGAUUUCCCACCUGGACCGAACGAUGUAUCUGCUGGGUUACGUGCCAAAGGACAAUCGCCUCUACCUCGGCGACAAGGAGCUCAACGUGACCAGCUUCGCGCUGCUACUCUCUGUGCUGGAGUACCAAACCGCGGUCAUGCGGCGGGACUUUGAAACCGCGGACCGCGUCCUGCCCACCAUCCCGAAGGAGCACCGCACCCGGGUGGCGCACUUCCUCGAGAAGCAAGGUUUCAAACAGCAAGCGCUGCAGGUUUCCACCGAUCCGGAGCACCGGUUCGAUCUGGCGCUGCAAAUCGGCGACCUGGACACGGCCCUGGUGCUGGCCCGCGAGUCGGACAGCCCGCAAAAGUGGUCCCAGCUGGCGAGUAUCGCCACCAGCAAGAACAAGUUCGACCUGGUCAAGGAGUGCCUCACGAAUGCGAACGACUUUGGCGGGUUGCUGCUGCUGGCCACGAGUUCCGGUGACUCCAACAUGCUGCGGAAUCUGGGCGAAAACGGCGUCUCGCAGGGCAAAUUCAACAUCUCCUUCCUGUCGAUGUUCCUGCUCGGCGACCUGGAGAAGUGCUUGGAGAUUCUGAUCCAAACCAACCGGAUACCGGAAGCGGCGUUCUUUGCCAGAACUUACCUGCCCAACAAAAUCUCGUACGUGCUCGACAUCUGGCGAACGGAGCUGGCCAAGAUCAACGAGAAGGCCGGCCAAAGCCUGGCGGACCCGCAGCAGUACGAGAACCUCUUCCCCGGCUUCUACGACGCGGUCAAGACGCAGCAGUUCCUGCUGCCGGAACGCACCACCGUGCUGCCAGCCUCGGCGGCCAUCAACGUCCCCCUGAACAUCGACCGGUGUCCGGUGGAAGAGAUGAAGGCGGCCGAAAACGAGGGCCGAUUCGACUACGACCCGAGCACCGGUGGCGAAGCGUCAUCUUCCGGCGCAACCGCCGCUGUGACUACACAAUCCGCCGGAGUGCAACCACCCAAGGAGGACCGACCCGCCGUGGUGCCAGCAGCGACUUCCACCGUGUCAGUGCAGCCUCCGCCGGUCACCACAGCCGCCGCCCCCAUCAAGCGCAAGAGCUCGCUCGAGGACUUUGAGUCGGAGAUCGAGGCGCUCAACCUGGACGAUAACAUUGACACUUCGGAUGUAAAUAUAGACGACGAGUUGAGCGACUGAGGUGGGAUCGCGUUGCUUUGCGCAUUGCCGCAGAAUGGAAAUCCCCCACUUUUUAGUAGUCGUUAGGGCAGAGUAUAUUAGAGGUUAAAUAUAAUUAUUAAAAAAUGGUAAAAAAUAAAGCAAACAACACAAACAGAAGACACACGGACGGAAGGACCGCAAAGAACAGGAAAACAAAAGCAUGCAUGUAAGAAAGGAAGAAAAAAGUAUUUUAAAAUCGCAAAACGAUAACGACACUCUUUUUUGCCUCACUUCUUCCCCUCAAGCACAUUAUCUAACCAGAAAAAAAGCAAAAGAGAUGCAUUUAAGAAAGCGUGUCUCACAAUUCCAUGGUUGAGAAGGACAAAACUCAACUCUCACACACAAACAAACAGAAGCUAAGCGAUUUAAGUUUGUUGCUGCUAAAGGUUAAUAAUGAAAACUUAACGAAAAAAAACUGUGUAAUUUAGAACAAAGUUGGUACUUUAUUCCGUUUUUUCUCAUCGUGCUAGGAAUUAAUUUUUGUAUGUUAUUAUUCUAUCAAUUGAAACGCAAAAAAAAAUACGCAAAGACACGAUCAUUGCUAUUAUUAUUGUCGCUGCAAAUUAUUGCGAAUCUUUAUAUAUUUGUUUGGUCUUCUUCUAUGAUUGGAUCGUUGCGAUGGGACGUGAAGGAAGACAAGAUGAAGUAAAAAGUAAAGUGAAGGUGGAACCAUUUAAAACACACAGACACAAAAAAAAACAAGAAAGCAAAACCCUUAAAUAUAAGAAAAUCCAGUAUAUUGAAACAAAA